AUGACGAACAAAGUAGCAGUUGCUGCUGCAUUUCUCUCUCGCACUAACGAACUGGGUUAUAAUCUUCAACAAUCAUGUAGUCAUAUUCUCUCUUUUUGCGAAUCCACUGCAUUGCGCUCUGGUUUACACAUCCAUUCUCCUGUAAUCAAGCUAGACCUCCUCGAGAAUCUCGACUUAUGCAACAAUCUUUUGAGUCUUUACUCGAAAACCGAUGGUAUAUGGAAUGCACGUAAACUGUUCGACGAAAUGCCGCGCAAAACUGUUUUUGCGUGGACUGUUAUGAUCACUGCCUACACCAAGAGCCAAGAGCUUGGGUCUGCGGUUUCUUUGUUCGAGGAAAUGAUUGCUUCGGGAACACGUCCGAACGAAUUCACAUUUUCCUCGGUGAUAAGAUCUUGUGUUGGUUUAAGAGACCUCAAUUACGGAGCUCGAGUUCACGGUUCUGUUAUAAAGACUGGGUUCGAGGGGAACUCAGUUAUAGGAAGCAGCUUGACUGAUUUGUACUCAAAGUGCGGGCAGAUUAAGGAAGCUCGUGAACUGUUUAGUUCUCUUCAGAACGCUGAUACCAUCUCGUGGACGAUGAUGAUAUCUUCUUUAGUUGAAGCUCGUAAAUGGAGAGAGGCGUUGCAGUUUUUCUCUGAGAUGAUUGAAGCUGGUGUUCCUCCUAAUGAGUUCACCUUCGUUAAGCUUUUGGGUGCCUCUUCCUUUCUCGGUUUGGAGUUUGGUAAAAUGAUUCAUAGCAACAUAAUAGUUCGAGGGAUUCCGCUGAAUGUGGUAUUGAAGACAUCUCUCGUUGAUUUCUACUCGAGGUUCUCUGAAAUGGGAGAUGCUGUUAGGGUAUUGAAUUCGUGUGGAGAACCCGAUGUGUUUCUUUGGACGUCUGCGGUAUCAGGGUUUGCAAGAAAUUUGAGAGCCGAGGAAGCUGUUGCUACGUUUCUUGAUAUGCAAGGUUUGGGUUUGCAACCAAAUAACUUCACCUACUCUGCAAUCUUGAGCUUGUGUUCCUCUGUCCGAUCGUUGGAUUUAGGCAAGCAGAUUCAUUCACAGACAAUUAAGGCUGGUUUGGAGGACAGCACUGAUGUCGGAAAUGCACUUGUAGAUAUGUAUAUGAAGUGCUCAGCAUCAGAGGUAGAAGCUUCACGAGUCUUCAGAGCAAUGAUCUGGCCAAAUGUCGUCUCUUGGACAACGUUAAUUAUCGGUCUUGUUGAUCACGGGUUUGAGCGAGAUUGUUUUGGACUGUUGAUGGAAAUGGUAACACAAGGAGUAGAACCAAACGUUGUUACUCUAUGUGGUGUUCUCCGAGCCUGCAGCAAAUUGAAAUAUAUAAGGCAGAUAUCAGAGAUACAUGGAUAUUUACUCAGAAGACACAUAGAUGGUGACAUAAUAGUAGCGAAUUCACUCGUCGAUGCAUAUGCCAGCUCGAGUAAGGUGGAUUAUGCCUGGAACAUGACUAGGUCGAUGGACAGGAGGGAUGAUAUCACGUACACGAGCUUGGUAACGAGGUUUAAUGAGUUGGGCAAGCAUGACAUGGCAAUAAGUGUCAUCAGUCAUAUGUGUGUAGAUGGAAUCAGACUGGAUCAGUUCAGCUUACCUGGGUUUAUCUCAGGUUCAGCUAACUUGGGAGCUCUUGAAACUGGGAAACAUCUUCAUUGUUACUCCGUGAAAUCCGGGCUUUCUAGCGCAGAUUCUGUUUUGAAUGGUCUCGUUGAUAUGUACAGUAAAUGUGGUAGCUUGGAAGAUGCAAAAAAAGUUUUUGAAGAAAUAGCUAGGCCUGAUGUGGUUUCUUGGAACGGGUUAGUAUCGGGUUUGGCAUCAAACGGUUGUAUUUCAUCUGCGCUAUCUGCAUUUGAGGAUAUGAGGAUGAAAGGAACCGAGCCCGAUUCUGUAACUUUCCUGAUACUGCUCUCUGCUUGUAGUAACGGAAGAUUGACCGAGAUGGGUCUUGAGUAUUUCCGAUCAAUGAAGGAGAUUCAUAAUAUAGAGCCACAGAUAGAACACUAUGCUCAUCUAGUUGGUAUCUUAGGUCGUGCUGGACGACUAGAGGAAGCAACAGGAGUUGUAGAGACGAUGCCAUUGAAACCAAAUGCUCUGAUCUUCAAAACAUUGUUGAGAGCUUGUAGAUACCACAGGAAUCUGUCUUUAGGAGAAGAUAUGGCUAACAAAGGCUUAGUACUUGCACCAUUUGAUCCAGCCUUCUACAUACUUUUGGCAGACUUAUACGAUGAAUCUGGAAAACCAGAGUUGGCCCAAAAGACUCGAAAUUUGAUGACCGAGAAGGGUUUGAGUAAGAAGCAAGGCCAGAGCUCCCUGGAGAUUCAAGGAAAAGUUCACAGCUUUGUCAGUGAGGAUGCUACUACAGUUGAUAAAACGAAUGGGAUUUAUGCAGAGAUAGAUUGGAUAAAGAGUGAGAUAGAAAGGUCAGGCUAUACAUACCGAAGUAUUAAAAACGCAAGCUAUCACAGCGCGAAACAAGCUGCUGUGUUUGGUCUUGUGUACACAUCACCACAAACUCCGGUUCAUGUUGUUAAGAACAAAAUCAUGUGUAAGGACUGCCAUGAUUUUGUGUCCCACAUGACCCGGUUAGUUGACAAGAAGAUAACUGUAAGAGAUGGGAAUCGGGUUCAUAUGUUUAACAAUGGUGAAUGCUCUUGCAAAGGGGAUGAAACAUCAUUUGUAUCAUCAUAG